GAUGUCAUUUAGGCAGCGUUGAUACUGUUGCUGAUGCUGUUGCCCGGCGCCUGCAUCCAACAGACCCAGACCUGGGGGGGUAACCACAGUCGUCCAUCCACCUCCAGCAGCAAGAGACCGCAGCCACAGGACGGGGGCAGAGUGAGACGGAGCUUUGGUUUCUCCAGAGAGUUACAUCCGCAGUGACAAGAUGACUCUGGCAGCCUAUAAAGAGAAGGUCAAAGAGCUCCCCCUGGUGUCUCUGUUCUGCUCCUGCCUGAACCCACAGACUGCAGAGAACUCCCCUUACAAAGCAGAAGAUGCGGUGGACCUGGGCUGGUGUGUCAUGAAAGACGUGGAGGUGAUCGAGCUGAACAAGCGGACAUCGGGCCAGGCCUUUGAGGUCAUCCUCAAGCCGCCGUCCUUUGAUGGCCUGCCAGAACUCAACACCUCCAUGCCGCAGCGCCGCGACCCCUCCCUGGAAGAAAUUCAAAAGAAGCUGGAGGCUGCUGAAGAGAGACGAAAGUGCCAGGAAGCUGAGCUACUGAAGCACUUGGCAGAGAAGAGGGAACACGAGCGUGAGGUGAUCCAGAAGGCCUUCGAGGAGAACAACAACUUCAUCAAGAACGCCAAGGAGAAGCUGGAGCAGAAGAUGGAGGCCAACAAGGAAAACAGGGAGGCCCUGUUGGCGGCCAUGCUUGAGAGGCUGCAGGAGAAGGAUAAGCACGCAGAGGAAGUCAGGAAGAACAAGGAGAUGAAGGAGGAGGCGUGCCGAUAGAUUCGACAGAGUCGAGAAGAGAGACAGAAAGGGGAAAAAAAGAAAAAGAAGAGAAAUAAAGGACUUAAUAGUGACUUGAAUGAGCUUUUAAGAAAGGCUUUUAAAUUUGAUGUGUGAUGUAAGACUUCUUAUGCUGUACAAAGUUUAGCCAAUGCUUGAUGUAGAUUUCUCUCGUUCUUUCUCUAAGGGAAACCGGAUGGGGGUAGGCUGGGUGGGUGGGUAGGUGACGACAUUAACACCGACAAGUGUUCAACAGCUAUGAUUUCUUCUUUGUUGCAGAAUGAAGCAAAAUCUAAUUGCAGCUUUUUCUUCUUCGCAGUUUCUGUCAGAAAGGAGAAAAUUAAACUCUCCCGAGUUUAUUUUCUCUCGUUACUGUAUGUUGGUUUUGCAGCAACACAGACAGAAAGAUGAAUUCUCUCCAAUGAGACUGCAACUCUGGAACCCGGAGCUGUAAUUUGAAUUGUUAGCUCUGUAAACAUGAGGAGUGCAUUGACGUUCUACGAACUCGCCUUGGAAAAACAAAACAAAACAAAAGAAAUCCCUGGAGCUUUGCUCCAACACAACAAAUGGAAAUCCAAAAGCUGUUCAUGGUUAAGACCCACCAAAAAAGUAUGAAUUUUUUUUUUCUCUUCCAGUGUUGUUUGUGAAAUAGGGCGUGAAAAAAAAGCUUAAGAAGUAAAGGGUUCAUCUGCCAUUACCAGGCUCUGUGAAACGUUUGUGUAGUGUAGUAUUACAUUCAUUGAAGUCUCUUCGACUUACAGCACUGAUUGCACUCUUGUUUUCAUUAAGCACAACUCAAAAGCACACAUAUAUAACAGAGUUCUCAUAUACAGUGAAGCUAAAAAGACAAAGGGAAAUGCAAAGCAGUGAUUAACCUCAGUUCACAAUUUGUUACGAUUCCACGGGUUAAAUGUCAAAGUCUGUCUGCUCGGCGAGUGUCUCUGUGCUCUGAUUGUUUCUUUUUCAUGUUGAAGAUGAAUUGAACCCAUAAUAGAAUAUGCAGGAGAAUGAAAUGUGUCCGAACAAGGCAGGCUUUAUCCUGGCUUGACUUAAAACGUCUAAAUGUUUGUACUGUAACUGGGGAGGAAACGGGAUGGAUUUUUGAACUUGCUGUAACCGUGUGUUGAUGUGUAUCUGGAAGAAUACAGAAGGGUCUGAUUGUAUUUAUUUGGCAUGAUUAGUAAAGAAAAGCUUACAUGAA